AAACAAAUCAUUGUAAAAAAAAAACAAAAGAAAAGAAUUUUGAUUAAAAAAAUUCAGAUUUAACGAAAAUCGCGCUGCGAUGGCAUCUUUCGCAGCAAACAACAUCAUCAAUUUGAAUGUUGGAGGUCAACGAUUUUCCACAUCCACAUCUACGUUAACAUGGUGUCCCGAUUCCUUCUUUUCCGCCCUCCUCAGUGGUCGUAUUCCGAGUUUACGCGACGAAAAUAACGCAAUUUUCAUCGAUCGCGAUCCCAAAUUGUUCUCGAUAAUCUUGAAUUAUCUCCGUACGAAGGAAAUUGACUUGAAAGACACGGAUUUGACAAUUUUGCGACACGAAGCGGAAUUUUACAACAUUUCGCCGCUCGUGAAGCGUCUCAUGUUGUGCGAGGAAAUGGAUGAGUCGUCGUGCGGUGAUGUGCUGUUCUACGGAUAUUUGCAGGCAGUGCAACCGCCAGCAUCGGAAAAGGGCAUGGAGAAGAGAAAAGAGACUGCAGCAGCGAAAUCCGAGACAAAUGUCAAGGAAACGACGUCGAAGGAGACAUCGACGGUGACUGCGAGUGUGAGUACGUCAGUAUUGAAUACAGUGGCAGGCAGUUUGAGUACGAGUCGAAUGGGUCCCGGUCAAAUGGUUCGCAUCGAUGGAACCCGCCAUUCGGGUCAUUCGCGAAACUCUUCGUGGGAUCUGCGAGUCUCUUACAACGGAAAUUCCCGCAAAUGCAGUGACAUUGUGCGUCACAGUCGCAAUUCCUCCGCCGAUUUCAACAAAUAUCGCGCAGAUUUGACGGGAUUUCUCGCGGGAAGUUCUCAAGAAACUCCCGAAACGCUUUCCGAUCCCGACCCGAUUCAAAAUCAAAUCAAAGUUCAAAUCAUCAAAGGACAUCACAACUGUGUGGCAAUCGCGUAUGCGCAUCACGUCGCCUGUUACUGCAUCAAAGACAACUUUGGAUGGCAACUCAUUUUCACAUCGCCCUACAUCGAGGCUCCCAUAGACCGUAUCACGAUAAAUGCCAAAGUGAACCUGGGCAAUUCGGAUCAGCAACCCAACAAAAUGAUCGCCAUUUCGUGCGACAAUCAGAUCCGACUAUGGGGCAUCGCAGAAAAUGGCGCCAAAAUGGACAUUGGCACGUUUGAUCUCUUUGUGCGCGUCGAAUAUCUCUUUUUUAUCAACACGCAGCUCGUGGCGUUGUCAAGUACGGGAAAAAUUGGCGUGUGGCACGCAUUAACGCAACAUUUCCAGAUUCAGGAUUUGGGUUCGAGCAUCUUGUCUUUCGAUUUUGCCGGUUCCUUUUUGCUUCUGGGCUCGAAUAACGGCAAAAUUUACUACAUCGACAUGCAAAAGUUCCCGUUGCGCAUGAAAGACAACGAUUUGCUUGUGACAGAGUUGUACAAGGAUCCCUCCAACGACGAAAUUACCGCAAUUUCCGUCUAUCUCACGCCCAAAACGAACAGUUUGCAAGGCAACUGGAUCGAAAUCGCGUACGGCACAAAAUCCGGAUCGGUUCGAGUCAUUGUGCAACAUCCCGAGACCGUGGGACACGGACCGCAACUCUUCCAAACGUUCACCGUACACACGAAUGCCGUCACAAAAGUGACUCUUUCGGAAAAAUUUCUCAUUUCCGUUUGCAGCGAGUUGCAUGUUCGCACGUGGCGUGUCACCCGCUUCCGUGGUAUGAUCAGUACACAACCCGGAAGCACGCCCGAAGCUUCUUUCAAAGUUGUGAGUCUCGAAGCGACAGAAACUUGCUACAGUUACAUGGCGGGAAAUGAUUUCGGGCCGUUUGGCGAUCAGGAUGACGAACACAUUUUUUUGCACAAAAUUAUUCCGGAUACCGAACAGAUGUACAUCCGUUUGGCAUCGAAUGGCAAUCGCAUUUGCGUCAUCAAGUCGGUCGAUGGCACCUCAAUUACGUGUUUUUGUGUGCACGAGUGCGAAGGUAGCUCGAGAUUGGGAUCGAGACCGCGCAGAUUUGUGCUUACGGGACACAGCAACGGAAAUAUUCAGAUUUGGGAUCUCACGUCGGCUCUUGAAUUGGCGGCAAAGGGAGAAUUAGUGCAACAAAAUACCGGAGGACCGACGAAACACGAGUUGAUCCGAUUACUCGACCAAUGUGAUUUGGUCUUUUUGAAUUAAUUGUUUGAUGAUAUCGAA